AUGAAUCAACUUCCAGUAUCCGUCUUUCACGCAACAGCGUAUCAUUCGAUCAAAGGAAAACGAGGACUUGUGAUCGGUUCAUUAACGCCAUGGGUUGAGAAGUUCUGUCUUCGAAAUGGAGCUAAGAAGAGGUUGAAGCUACCGAAGAAGAAUGCAAUAGGAGUUCUUUUCAGGUUUCAAGGAGUAUACGAUUUCGUCGUGUCAUAUUCAAGUAUUGAACACAGUGGUCUUGGGCGUUUUGGUGAUCCAUUAGAUCCAAUCGGUGAUCUGCGAGAGAUGAGAAAAAUUCAGUGCUUACUUAAGAAGGGUGGUUUACUCUUCUUUGGAGUUCCAUGCGGAACCGAUACACUUGUAUUUAAUGCACAUCGCAUCUACGGUCGCAUAAGACUACCAAUGAUGUUCGAAGGUUAUCAUCCACUUUAUUCGUUCGACUUCAUUACAGAACAUUUUUUUUNUUUUUUUUCAUUUCUUCAACAGUCUACUGCUCUUUAA